CGGAGCUUGCCUCCUUCGGAAACUGCAACAAAGUGUCACGUCGUCGCUCGUGGGAACGGGUUCGGUGGUCAGCUGCGCGCAGGCUCGCUCGUCUUGGAGAGAGAGAAGAGGUCCGCCGAUGUGCUGCAGGGCGAUACGCGCUACCGAAACGGAGUCUUUGUUGCUCCGGACUACCCGACGAGGUGAAACGUUUGGUAUGCAAAGAUGAGCGUGCAGACCAGAGCUCGGUUACCGACAGCUGGAUCUUGAGCAUUCUGACAGAUAAGGUCCGCCCGCCGCCUGGUGCGGGUUUCGCCGGCCCACUGCCCUUUUGGCGUUUGUGAUGUUUGCUUUCCGCGCGUAGGCUGCUAAACAUUUCAAGAAGUGGCUCCGUUACCGUGCGCGAGUGUUUUCGCCCAACACUCCGUUCCCGGGAUCUAGAGGAGCAUCGCUUUACACGGGCUAAAAACCGCACUUUGAAAAGACGUUCUUCUCAUCCUUCCAGGAUUCUUGAACUGUAAUUUAGAACUUUUACAGCCCGAAUAAUUUUGUAUAGACAUAAAGGGCGAAGAUGCUGGUGAAGGAGUACAGAAUAUGCAUGCCGCUGACAGUGGAGGAGUACAGGAUCGGGCAGCUGUAUAUGAUCAGUAAGCACAGUCACGAGCAGAGUGAUCGGGGGGAGGGUGUGGAGGUGGUGCAGAAUGAACCCUUCCACGACCCCACACACGGCCAGGGCCAGUUCACCGAGAAACGCGUCUACCUCAACAGCAAACUUCCCAGUUGGGCUAGAGCAGUGGUGCCCAGAAUCUUCUAUGUGACGGAGAAAGCCUGGAACUAUUACCCUCACACGAUUACAGAAUACACAUGUUCCUUUUUGCCGAAGUUCUCCAUCCACAUAGAAACUAAGUACGAAGACAACAAAGGAUGCAAUGACACCAUCUUUGAUAGUGAACUGAAGGACCAGGAGAGAGAAGUGUGUUUCAUAGACAUCGCCUACGAUGAGAUUCCUGAGCGCUACUAUAAGGAGUCAGAGGAUCUCCGCUACUUCAGGUCGGAGAAGACGUCUCGCGGUAUGCUCCAGGAGGGCUGGCGAGACACACAGGAGCCCAUCAUGUGCUCCUACAAGCUCGUUACCGUCAAGUUCGAGGUGUGGGGCCUUCAGACACGCGUCGAGCAGUUUGUGCACAAGGUGGUGAGGGAUAUACUCCUGCUGGGUCACAGACAGGCCUUCGCCUGGGUGGACGAGUGGAUCGACAUGACGAUGGAUGAGGUGAGAGAAUAUGAGCGUACCAUCCAGGAGGCUACCAAUCAGAAGAUCGGAAUCUUCCCUCCGUCCAUUUCUAUUGGUGAGACGCUCUCGUCUCUGGCUCCCAAUGGUCCUGCCAGUGCCCCACCCACCCCACUCUACACCGAUGCCCCGGAAUUCCUCUCCGUCCCCAAAGACCGACCUCGCAAGAAAUCCGCCCCCGAAACACUCACUCUGCGCGAGACUGCCCGAUCAGGGCCUGAGGCCACCUCUGAGCCAGCCCCUAACCGCUCCUCCCUCAGCCCCGAGUCCAAUCAGCUGGAGUGAUUGGGAGGAGGCCCGCCUCCUUUUGGACUUUGUCCUUCAAAUCAGGAUCAUCUAAACACAGUUCCACUUGUCAGUGUUCUAAAUGGUAUUCCUAAAAAACUCCAGUUUCCAGACGUCACUGCCUGGCAAGCUUGACCUCUGACCGUGUAACUGGGCUUCCUGCCUUUAAGGUAGCCACUGACUCAACAGUUUAUAUUUUUUCAUGCUCAUGUGCAUCAGCGGUGUUAGGCUGCUGCAUUCACUUAAUGUGAAGUUUUGGUUUUUUUCCCUCUUUUAUGACUUACAAUCAAACAAAAAGG